AUGGCGAGCGCGAACGGCAACGGGCAGCCCAUGCCGGUGCGCAUCAACGGCCAGACACACGGGCAACCACCCACGCAAGCACCCGCCCACGCCCACGCCCACGCCCACGCCCACGGCCACGGACAGGCCGCCAACCUGCGCGAAAUGGGCUUUGCGGGCGCCCGCAGUCCGCCCAGCAACAAGAGCACCUCACACGUCCCCUGCAAAUUCUACAGACAGGGCGCAUGCCAGGCCGGCAAGGCUUGUCCCUUUCUGCACUCGGACGAGCCCGUCACCGAGCGCGCGCCUUGCAAGUACUUUACAAAGGGCAACUGCAAGUUUGGCCACAAAUGCGCCCUCGCCCACAUCCUCCCCAACGGCCACGUCGUCAACGGCAACAUGGGCAGAGGCCACUUUGGCCGCGUCAACAUCCACAGCCAGGACCCGCCCCUCAACAGCUCGCUGCUGACCAUGCAAGCACACAUGGCCCCCAUGCAGCCCGGCUACCCGUACCCCGCCCAGGACGACCCCUACGCCAUGCCCAAGGCCCACUACGACAUGAUACCCACCAUCGACACCACCUUCUCCUCCCACCCGGGCUCCAACUACGGCUCUCCGCCAAACGACAACCAACGCCUCGCCCUGUCGCCCGUUCAGAAAGGCCUCGGCGUCAUGGACGUCCCCUUGCCCGCCUCCUUUGACAGCCAGGGCAUCUCCCACAUGGCACGCUACGGCCCCAUCGCCUCCUCGGUGCCCGCCAAGUUCCUCGCCGCCUCCCCGCCUUCCUCGUACCACGCCGACUCGUCUGCCCUGCGCAACCUCCACGACUCGGCUUUCGGCGACGGCGCAAGACGGAGGGCAGCUGUGUUGGGUUCCUCGCCGCCAGACUCGGUCGAUCCGCCCGUGGGGCGGCGGAUGCUGCACUCUGAGCUGGCCGCAAACCGCUCGAGGAACCUCAUGUCCUCGAGCGUCGGCGCGCGCCCGGCCUACAAGGACGAGGACUGGGACGACACAGACAUGAUCGGCAAGUUCGAGGAGGACCUGCUGCCGCACUCGCUCAGCGACCUCCUCACCCCGCAGGAGAAGAUGCGCCGCUUCUCGCGCGACCAGGGCGACAGCGAGAGCAACUCGUUCUCGCACCAAGCCUCCCUGUCGAGGUUUGGCGCUUCCCCCACGCCAUCCGACACGCGAUACGGCUCCCCCUCCGCAGCCACCGCCUCGCCCUCGCGCUUCCAAUCCCUCUGGGGCAAGUCACGCCCCAUGAACGACAACUUCGAGUCUGGCUCCCUCCCAGGCGCCUCGGCGUUUGGCCACGUCGGCUCACCCCUCCGCAACUCGAGCCUCCACGCCGGCGCAUCUCCGUCCCUCCGUGCCAUGGCCCGCCCUCCCUCUGUCGACACGAGUCCCUUUGUCUCCUCCCCGCCCCGCCAAGCCUCCAUGAGCAUGAUCAGCCAGCAAUUCCAACGCACACGUCUGUCCUCCCGCGACGAAGCAGCAGCCGCAGCCUUGGCCAGCACCCCGACCUCGAACCCGCAGCACCCGGGCAUCAACCGCCUGACCUCUGGCUCGAGCAUAGGCAGCUCCAGCGGCCGGCUGGGGAACCUAGACCGCGCCGUCAGCAGCAGCAGCAUCAAUCGCGAGAGGAUCGAGGAAGAGCAGGGCCUGUUCAGCAUGGAGGAGGAAGAGGACUUGAAGAAGAGCCAGGACGGCGCGAGCACGACGAGCAGCACAAGCAACAAGCGUCUGAGCGGGCUGAGCUGGGGCAGUGGAGGCAAGGGGAGUCCCAACCUGCAGCCCGUCGGCGCGCAGAAGAGCUCCGUCCUGAGCGGGCUGGGCAAAGAGACGGGGGGUGGUGCUUGGGGGCGGUGA